AUGAUUCCUCCAGGGGAAUGCCUAUAUGCUGGGAGGAAAAGGAGGAAACCCAUUCAGAAACAAAGGCCUGCAGUUGGGAAUGAAAAAUCAAAUCCUUCAAAGAGACACAGGGACCGUCUGAAUGCGGAACUGGACCACCUGGCCAGCCUCCUGCCUUUUCCACCUGACAUCAUAUCGAAGCUGGACAAACUUUCCGUCUUGCGCCUUAGUGUCAGCUAUCUCCGAGUUAAAAGUUUCUUUCAAGCCAUUCAAGAAAAGCACUUUAAGAAGCAAGUUGGCCAAACAAUAAAAGAAGAUAAUGUAUCUAACAAGACUGCUGUACAAGAAGGUGGACUUCUACUAGAAUCACUGAACGGUUUUGCGUUGGUGGUGAGUGCAGAUGGAAUGAUAUUUUAUGCGUCAUCAACGAUUGUGGACUAUCUAGGGUUUCAUCAGACUGAUGUAAUGCACCAAAACAUAUAUGACUACAUUCACGUGGAUGAUCGCCAGGAUUUCUGUAGACAACUGCACUGGGCCAUGAAUCCUCCCCAGAUUUUGUCUGGACAGCAACUACAGGCAGAAACAGGAGAAGAAUAUAUUCUCAGUAAAUUGUUUAAAGCACAAGAGAAUGACAGCACGACAACAGAUUAUUCUUCCUUCUUAACUCGUUGUUUCAUCUGUCGAGUUCGCUGCUUGUUGGACAGUACUUCUGGCUUCCUUACGAUGCAGUUCCAAGGCAAACUAAAGUUUCUUUUUGGACAAAGGAAGAAGUCCUCAUCAGGAACAGUAUUGCCACCUCAGCUGUCCUUAUUCUGCAUUGUGGUACCACUUCUGCUCCCUUCUGUGACAGAGAUGAAGAUGAAAAGCCUGCUUGUGAAAGCAAAACACAAAGCUGAUGAUGCAGGAGCAGUGAAUACAAAGUAUUUUCAAAUUAAUUGUUUAGCA